CCAGUCAUUCCAGUGUUGUCAUCGCCGGCAGUGCGUACACAACGUGAGGGUGCAUAUUUCAUCAAUUUUAUUGCAUUUAAACCUAUUUUAGUGUUUCAAAACCUAGCUCAAUCAUUUUCUCUAGGCCCUUUCUCGGGUAAAACAGUGAAAAAUCGUAGGAAACUGUUGUGAAAAGACGGAAAAAGCCUAAAAGUUUGGUGUGAAUGAAGUGUCAGUGAGGUGAACACUGCGCGCCAUCUACGGUGGUCGCGUCAACUACUUUGGACUUGGUAAAAUUCACUCUCUUUUUCAUCGUUUUCUCCCUUGUCUGGCUACAAAUUCUCGGGACUUAGAAAAUUUUUCACUUUGCUGUCGAAAUGAGUGUGGAAAAUCCCCAAGUUGAGCCAAUGGAGGAAGCUGCGCCGGACGCUGAGAAGAGCGUCAAUGGGGAGCAGGAGCAGCGUCUCAAUGGGAUCAGCAAUGGGCAUUCGGAUGUUGUUAGCUCAUCCGUUGCUGGGGCUUCUAGUGGCGAGAAGAAGCACAAGAGUAGCCAUCAUCAUAAGUCCUCCAGUAAGGACAAGCAUAGGGAUAAGGAGCGAAGUGAACACAAAUCCAGCUCCAAAUCUAGCCAUCGUGACAAGGAAAAGAGCUCCUCAUCCAGCAACCAUCAUCGCGACGAGAAGAAAUCCAGCUCUUCGUCUCAUCACAAAUCAUCCAGGGACAAAGAUCGUGACAGGCAUCACCACAAGAGUAGUCGCGAAGACAAAGAAAGGACCAAGGAUGACAAGGACCGGAGUAAAGAUGAAAAAUCAAGCAAAGACAAGGAUAGGGAGAAGGAUAGGGACAAGGAUAGAGACAAGGACAGAGACAAGGACAAAGACAUGAACUCUAGCAGCAAGCCCCGUGAUAAGACAUCAUCGUCAGGGGAUAAGCAUCGCGAGAGGGAUAAGGAGAAGGACAAGGAUCGUCAUCACAAAUCUUCAUCGUCUCACAGCAGUAGCAAAGAUAAGGACAAACAUUCCAGCAGUUCGUCGUCGAAGCAUCGGGACAAGGACAAGGACAGGGAGCGCCAUAAGGAUAAGAGCGAGCAUAGGGAACAUCGAGAUAAGGAUAGGGAGAGGGAUAAGGAGAAGGAAAAGGAGAGGAGGGAACGCAAGGAGAAGGAGAGGCGUGAAAAGGAGCGUCGUGCCAAGGAGGAGCAACAGCAGCAGCAGCAGCAGCUUCUGCUGCAGCAACAGGAAGAAAAUUCAAUUGAUCAGGAAGAUGCCGAAGAAAAUGCCCAGAAUGAUCAAUCAUCCUGGAUGGAGGAUCAAAAAGUGAAAAUGGAUGCUGUGGUUAAAAUUGAACCACUCGAUGUGUCUCACAAUAGCUCUUGUGACUAUUCUCUAUCCCAGUUCAAUCCCAACGAAUCAUCAUUCAAAGUCAAGGACGAAGAAGAAGACGAAAAUGAAGAGGACAAUAGUGUCAAGGAAGAAAAUGAGCGUGAAGAUGAUGAUGAUGAGGAGGAAGAUAUUCCACUUCAUAAAAGAAAAGCCCGUGUAUCGGAUGAAGAAGAGGAAGAUGAAAAGCCUUUGACGGUGAGGAAGAAGGUGAAGAGUGAGAAGAAAAAUAAAAGACGCUCAUUUGAUUCCGAUGAAGAUGAUGAAGAAGAAGAUAUCAAGCCCAAGAAGAAGAAAAUUAAGAAGGAGAAAGAGAAGAUCAAGACGAAAGCUGAGAUAAAAACUGAGCAUAAUCACACAGCAUCACCCACAAAGGGCAGAAAGAAGAAGGAGGAAGAAGCUCAGGAUGUAUGGAAAUGGUGGGAGGAAGAGAAGCGCGAAGAUGGUGUCAAAUGGAAUUUCCUGGAGCACAAGGGACCAGUUUUUGCACCACCCUAUGAGCCCCUUCCGGAGAGUGUUUACUUUGAGUAUGAUGGUCGUAAGAUGCGACUGUCACAGGAUGCCGAAGAGAUUGCCACCUUCUAUGCUCGAAUGCUUGAGCACGAUUACACAUCGAAGAAGAUCUUCAAUGAUAACUUCUUCAAGGAUUGGCGAAAAUCGAUGACAUCGAAGGAGCGUGAAGUGAUAACGGAUCUGAAGAAGUGCAAUUUCCGCGUGAUGGCUGCUCACUUCCAAAAACUGUCGGAGGCUAAUAAGAAUCGCACCAAGGAGGAGAAGUUGCGCAUAAAAGAGGAGAAUGAGCGCCUGAUUAAGGAAUAUGGUUUCUGUACGAUUGACGGGCACAAGGAGAAGAUUGGGAAUUUCAAGAUUGAGCCACCGGGUUUGUUCAGGGGACGCGGGGAACAUCCCAAAAUGGGAAUGGUGAAGAGGAGAGUUGUGGCGAGUGAUGUUAUGAUCAAUUGUUCAGCCAAAAGUGAAAUUCCUAAGCCACCGCCGGGAUUCAAGUGGAAGGAAGUGCGUCAUGAUAACACGGUGACAUGGUUGGCGUCCUGGGUGGAGAAUGUGCAGGGUCAGGUGAAGUAUAUCAUGCUGAAUCCCAGUUCGAAGCUCAAAGGGGAGAAAGAUUGGCAGAAAUAUGAGACAGCUAGGCGUCUCGAUAAGCAAAUUGAUAAGAUUCGCUCGACAUACCGCGAAGAGUGGAAAUCGAAAGAGAUGCGAGUGAGACAGAGAGCUGUAGCUCUGUAUUUCAUUGAUAAAUUGGCUCUGAGAGCUGGCAAUGAGAAAGAUGAGGAUCAAGCUGAUACAGUGGGCUGUUGCUCACUUCGCAUUGAGCACAUUCAGCUGCACAAAGAAUUAAAUGGGAAGGAAUAUGUUGUAGUAUUCGAUUUCCUUGGUAAAGAUUCCAUCAGGUAUUACAAUGAAGUUGAAGUGGAGAAGAGGGUCUUCAAGAAUCUUGAGCUGUUCUGCGAGAAUAAGAAGGAUGGCGAUGAUCUCUUUGAUCGUCUCAAUACAUCUGUCCUCAAUGAGCAUCUCCGUGAGCUCAUGGAAGGUUUGACCGCAAAGGUGUUCCGUACAUACAAUGCAUCGAUAACACUGCAGAAUCAAUUGGAUUUGCUGACGGAUCCGGAUGCCACGGUGCCAGAGAAAUUGCUGCAAUACAAUCGUGCUAAUCGUGCUGUGGCAAUUUUGUGCAACCAUCAAAGGGCAGUGCCCAAGUCUCACUCCAAGAGUAUGGAAAAUCUCAAGGAGAAGAUCCGUGUGAAGAGAGAACAAAUUGAUGAUUGUGAGGCUGAAGUGAAGGAUUUGCAGAAGCUAGCAAAGCGUGGUUCAGUAAAGGAAAAAAUGGCAUGUGAUAAGAAGAAGAAGCAAUUGGACAGAUUAAAGGAACAAUUGCAAAAGCUUGAACUACAAGAGACUGAUCGUGAUGAGAAUAAAACCAUUGCCUUGGGCACAUCCAAGCUCAAUUAUCUGGAUCCGCGAAUUUCCGUUGCUUGGUGCAAAAAAUACAAUGUUCCAAUUGAAAAGAUCUUCAACAAGACACAACGUGACAAAUUCCGCUGGGCCAUUGAUAUGGCAGAUGAGAAUUAUCGUUUUUAAAGGUCAACAACAACAAAAAAUUAGGAAAUCUAUUAAAGACGUAUUGUGAGUGAAGAAAAAAAAUAAGAUGAAAAGGAACCACCUUUAAUAUUUGGGAAUAUUAACUAAACUAUGGGAAGCAAGAAAAAAAAAUUCUUAUAAGAGAUUUUGACGUGAAAGAAGUGCAGAAUAGUGUAUCCUUAAAAAAUGAAGGUAAUUAUUUUGAUUUAUUUUUCUUGAUUAGUUAAAAAUUUUAUUGCAACUUGCACUUAAAUCAUUAGAUGAUGUUUUUUUUAACCAUUAUUUUAUCAAUAAGAUAUGUUUUUGACAUAAUUCUACGUAAUUAGGUUUCUUGUAUUGUAACAAUUAUAAUGCUGAGAAUAGAAAAUGAUUUUUUUUUUAAAAAAAUGUAAUUUUAAAACAAAGUGCAAAAUAUCAAAUUUAACAAUUUCAUUAUUGAAAUAUUAAUACAAGAAAAAAACAUCAAUUAAUCCACUUCACAGAGUAAGGUUUUUUUUCAAUGAUUUUUUGAAUACAAAUAAAAAAAUAGGAAACAAAAAAAUAAUUUAAGUAAAUAAAAGAAAAGGUAGAGAUAGUUUGACAAAAAAAUACAACACGCAUUAAUUAGUAAUUGUGAAGAGAGAAGUUCGAUAAAAGUAAGAUUUAAACAAAAAGCUUUUUUUCUUACACCACGAAACAAUCCACAUUUAAGAUUAGGAAUUAUAAAUUUAAAAAAAAAAUUACACAGGAUAAAACAAUUUUUAACUUAUUAGUUAGAAUAAUUUUUUUUUAAUUAAAUAAAUGGUGAAAAUUAAAUUUUUCAAAAUAUAGGUUAUGAUAUUUUAAAAAUGACGUUUCUUUUGCAAUGAUAAAAUGUAAAGAUUACUAAAGUAAGGUAGCUAUUGAGGUAAAGAUAAAGAGUUCUUCUUUUGUCCUUUAUGCGAGUGAUUUUAUGAAAAUUGGUCAGAAGAAAAAAAACAAACAAUGACUUGGUAAUCUAGUAGAGAAUAAAUAAAAAUUUGAAUGAGGA